GGGCACAGCUGCGCAGUUCUGUCAUUGCUGUAAUCAUCAGCUCCCAGCGCCGCCGCAGCUCCCAGCGCACAGUGCACAGCGCAGGAUGAUCCCAGCCGUGAUCUUGUUCUUGCUCCUUUUGGUGCAGCAAGCAGCUGCCCUGGGAGAGCCCCAACUCUGCUAUAUCCUGGAUGCUAUCCUGUUUUUGUAUGGCAUUGUCCUUACCCUGCUCUACUGUCGACUCAAGAUCCAGGUCCGAAAGGCAGCUAUAGCCAGCCGUGAGAAAUCAGAUGCUGUCUACACGGGCCUGAGCACCCGGAACCAGGAGACAUAUGAGACUCUGAAGCAUGAGAAACCAACCCAAUAGCUUCAGAAUAGAUGUGCUUGGUUGCAUUCUUCUAACUCUCUCCCAGCCCUCAUGGUUGACAUUGCUAUGCUACCUCCGUGCUUUUAAAGCUAGCUGAUCUUAUUCCCAUAAUGAUGUUAUGCUCUAAAUCAAUGUACACUGGCAGGUCCCCAUCUCCAUCAAAGACUUAUGCACUGACAUUUCUUUUUUUCCAUCCUCCUUUGCUUUAUUCCCUUUUCCUUCCCUGAUCCCCAACUCUCACGAGCCAAUAAAGCUGCCAGAGCUCUGA